AUGGCUGACAAAUCAUCACUAUCAGACUCUCAGAUCAAGAGCAACAUGCUCACAUUUGACAACACAUUGCAAACGGUAAAAGACAAGCUUGCAACAAGAAAGGAUGUCCCCCAAGAUCCUACAAAAAAUGCCAUUCUUGAGCAUCAUCAAGGCUUACAUGGAAGGUCGGUUAACCAAGGAAACAAGUUGCCAAGCACAACAACUUCCACAAGAACAAAUUUGGCCUUCGAAAAGAAGUACUUCGAGAAGUCAAAAAAAAUCACAAAAACUGAGAUUGAUAGGUGUCUGAACACAGCAAUAGCAGAUGACGGAAAGAAGAAUGCAAUGGAUGUUGUCAGGUUGUUAAUCUUAGAGCUCUUCAUCACAAAUCUCUUUUGCAACUCUAGGGCGACAAUGGCUUGGACCUUUUUUACUAUGAUCGACACAUUAGAAGUUAUGAACAGCUACAAUUGGGCACAAGGAGUCUUGGAUUACACGCAUUAUGGACUGGACCAAGCCAUAAAAAAUAAAAAGGACAAGACAAAUCAACCAAGUGUCAGUGGUUGCCUUGUGCUAAUCUUGAUAAAAGCUGUUGACAAUGAAAAGAAGAAGCAACAAAGACUGAUCAUGCAGACCAUGAAGAACAAGAAGAAAAUGAAGAGGAUGAUGACUUUGUUAUCACACUUAAAGAUUGGCUUCCAUGAAAAUGUGGACCAAAGUGCAACCCAGACAAAAACUCCACAACAUGAGCAAAAUGAAGACAAUGCACAAUCAUUGGGAUGCAAAGCAGAUGAUGAAAUUGAAGAACCACCAGCACAAUCAUUGGAAUGCGAAGCAGAUGAUGAAAUUGAAGAACAAGCAGUUGACCUUAGUGUAGACUCAAUGACGGAGGACACUGUUAAUGUCCAGCAACAGAACCCAGAACUUGACAGCCAGGAAGAAGACUUCGACGCCAUUUUUGUGGACAUAGUGGGGUCAAUCCCAAAGUACUACAAGCAUGAAAUAGCCCCUACCUAUGAGAAAAUCCAACAGCUGAAAAAAGCAGUCGACUAUUGGAUUGAAAAGGCAGAUACUCGAAGGGAUAUGAUGCAGACUGCUAUAGAAUCCUGCAUAAAGAAAAAUUCAUUCAUUCAACAAAUAUGGACUGAAAAAGAAGAGUUGGAGCAACAAAUUGAAAUAUUGAAAAAGCAGCUUCAACAAGAGAAAAAAGAAGGUGCAAAAUUACAAGGGGAACUGCAUGCACUCAAAUCAAAUAGGAGACAGCUACAGGAAAAACAUGAACUACUUGAAGGGAAAAAGUUGUCCUGCAUUGAGAGCAUGAAAGAAAAAGACAUUAUUAUUGCCUCUUUGCAACAUGUGAUGGGAAAAAAAUUCAAAGAAUGUGAACAAGGAGAAAUUUCGAUGAAAGAACAAGCUGAUAAGGAGAAAAAAGAAGAAGAGAGAAUAGCAGAAGAAAGUGAAUUGGAGAUGCAAGAAUCUCCUAAUGAUGAAGAUGAGAACGCCGAUGAAAAAACUCCUGAAAAGGACGCUUUUUACCUACACAAUAGGAAAAUAUUAUACAAACAUAACAUUGAAAAGCUGAUGGGAGAUGGUCCAAUUUUUACACUAAUCAUCGAUGCUUAUGGAGAGGCACUUAAUGAUGAUGCGAAGCAGAACCCUCAUAAACAGAAAAAUGCAUAUUUAUCCGCCAAUAACUAUAUGUUUUUGCGAGGUGCCUCACACAAGCUGACAUAUCAUGCUUUCUAUAUGCCACUCCUAGAAAAUAUUGGAAGAGUUGAUAGAGUGUUCAUACCAAUUACAGAUGAGAACCACCAUACGCUGCUUGUCUUUGACACCGGUGCAGCAAAAUGGACACACUUCAACUCAUUCAGGGGGACAUCAGAACAAACUCUCCAAUAUUAUUACAAGAAGGCAAUUGUUUUGGUUGAGACAACAAAUAUAUUCCUCUGUCUUCUUAAGGAAUGUGCUACAGUAUCACUAAAAACAAAACUCGUCCAAAUUCUUGAUUUUGAUGCCAAGAAGCCAAGAAGCCAAGAGGGCUUAAUGAAGCUUCAGCUAGAAUGA